AUGGCAGAUUAUUAUACAUAUCAAAGGAAACGAAGAGAUCUGGGAAAGCCUUGCAAUUUUUAGGACAGUGAAAUAAAAAUAGCAGGUUACACAAAGACGGUUGCUGUGAUUCCAAACUAUGUGAAAAGAAAUCCCAAUCACAUUGAUUUGGAUAAUAUAGCAGAAUACUCAGAGCAUUCUGUAAGCAUUUGUUUUAAAAAAUACAGGUUAACACAGAGAGAGUAUCGACAGGAGACAAAGUGAUGUACCAUAAAGAAGGAGGGGUAUUUUUAUUUAUGCAACAGUUUUUAGUGGCCUACAGGCAUAGACCCAAUGGAGCAGCAAGACCAAAAUAAAUACAGAAGAAGGUUCGAGAAAGAUGCGGCAUUUGCAGUUGCAGUUAAAGAGCUAAGCAAUACAGUGGAGAAAUGCAUUCUUUAGAAUAACCAGAUAGAUUUGUUCGAGGAGUAUUUCUUAGACGAGGAGAGUGAACAUCAAGUUGAGAAUCUAAGCACCAAGACCUUGAUGUUAUUUAAGUAUUAGUUGAUACAAUUGUAGGGAUUAAUCAGAAGGAAUUAAAAGAUCUGUGUCUGAAAUAUCUUGGCAUCCAGAAGGCCCCAUAAAGGCAGCUGUUUCCUAUGCAAUAAGCAGAUUCUAAUAAAUGCCAGAAGGGAUGAUGAAAUCAUCAUAUGUUUGGGAUUUACAAAAUCCAAAUAGUCCUGAAUUCCACUUAGAAACCAAUUCUCCAAUUACCAAUUUGAUGUACAAUCCAAAAUUGUCUGACCAAAUUGGUGGUGGAUGCUAUAACGGUCUGGUUGCUGUUUGGGACGUUAAGAGAGGUAAAUAGCCUGUAAUGACAUCACCUGUUGAAAAAUCUCAUCAUGACCCAAUUACUCAUUUUCAAUGGUUGUUUAGCAAGACUGGUACAGAAUGCGUGACAACAUCAACUGAUGGUCGUGUCUUGUGGUGGGAUACUAGAAAAUUGAAUGAAGGUCCUAUUGAAUCAUUAAAUGUCACGGAAGGAUCUAAUCCAAAUGAUCCUUUGAUUGGUGCAACAGUAUUGGAAUAUAAUACAGAAGCUGGUCCAACCAAAUAUUUGAUUGGUACAGAGAUGGGUUCUCUAAUGGUUGCUAACAAAAAACCAAAGAAAGCUGUGGAAAUUACAGCCAGAUAUGGAUUGGAGAGUGGAAGACAUUUGGGUCCAGUCAUGUCAAUUAAUAGAAGUCCUCCAAAUCCCAAAUUCUUCUUAACAGUUGGAGAUUGGAGUGCGAAGAUUUGGGUUGAGGAUAUCAAGACACCAAUAAUGAGAACGAAAUAUCAUGGUAGUUACUUAACAGAUGGUUGUUGGUCCCCCACUAGAAAUGGAGUGUUCUUUUUAACUAGAAAAGAUGGUUGGAUGGAUGUUUGGGAUUAUUACUAUAGAUAGAAUGAAAUUGCAUUCAGUCACAAGGUAAGUGAGACAGCUUUGACUUGUAUAAAAAUAAAUUCUAAUGGUGGUGCUCAUCAUAAUGCUGGAAAAUUAGUAGCCAUUGGUGAUUAGGAUGGUACAGUCACUUUAUUAGAAUUAUGUGAUUCAUUGUAUCAAUUGCAAUUUAGAGAAAAGGAUGUGAUGAACGAAAUGUUUGAUAGAGAAUCAAGAAAGGAAAAGAACUUGGAAGCCAUUAAGAAACAACAAGAUUUGAUGAAGAAAGUUGUUCCAAAAGAUAAUAAGGCUGCCUAAUAAAAAUGGGAACAAAGAAAGGCCGAAUUAAUUGCAGAAGCUGAAUAAUAAUUCAGUCAAAUUGUUAAAAAGGAUGAAGAAGCUAAAUUAAAUGAUUUAUCAGAGUUCAGUCCCAAAGCUCAAAAGAAGUAAAUAAAUUGUAAUUAUGUUUUUUAGAGAUGACAAGAAAUAAUCACCAAAAGAUGAUGAUAAGUAGUAACAAUAGGGAGGAGAUGGAGGAUAACAACAAGAUCAAUAGGAUUAAGGAUAAGGUGAAGGAGAUCAAGAUGGUGGAUAAUAAGAUGGAGAUGAUGGUCAAUAAUAGGGAGACGAUGGUUAAUAACAAGGAGAUGAUGAUGGUUAGCAAUAGGGAGAUGAUGAUGGCCAACAAUAAGGAGAUGAUGGAGAUGGAUAAAAACAAGGAGAUGGAGGAGAUGGUUAAUAGGAAGGAGAACAAGAAUGAUGAUCAAAUAAAUAUAUAAUUAUU